AUGGGUCCCAAGGGCAAGAGCAAGCCCGGCAGCGCGCAGAAGCCCAAGCACUCUGCCGAUCCAAAUAGGCCCAGCAAGGGCGUGGGCGGGCAGCGAGAUGCGUCCACGGUCCGGCGGCUUAAGAUGUACAAGACCAGGGCUAUACGUGACAAGAAGGGCAAGAUCAUUCACGAGGACCUGCAAUCCAAGGACCUGCCCACCACGCGCAUCCAGCCCGACCGCCGCUGGUUUGGCAACACGCGCGUGAUCGGGCAGAAGCAGCUGGAGCAGUUUCGCGACGAGAUGGCCUCCAAGGUAAACGACAGCUACACCGUGCUGCUGCGCGAGAAGAAGCUGCCGCUGCAGCUGCUGGAGGACCCCGAGCGCAAGGUCGGCGGCAAGGUCAAGCGCGCCAACCUGCUGGCCACGCAGCCCUUUGGCGACACCUUCGGCCCGCAGCGGCGCCGCAAGCGCCCGAGGCUCGCGGCCGAGGGGCUCGAGGGGCUGGUGGCAAAUGCAGAGGCGGGGGAGGAGCGGUUUGCGCUCAAGGAGGAGGGCGGUGACGUCAUCGGCGGCGACGUCUUUGACGCGAUGAAGGACGCGGCGCGCGAGCGCAUCUUUGGGAAGGGCCAGUCUAAGAGGAUCUGGGGGGAGCUGUACAAGGUCCUGGACUCGUCGGACGUGGUCAUCCAGGCGCGUGUGCUGGACGCGCGCGACCCCGAGGGCACACGGUGCCGCUUCAUUGAGCGCCACAUCCGCAAGAACGCCCGCCACAAGCACCUGCUGCUGCUGCUGAAUAAGUGUGACCUGGUCCCGGCCUGGGUGACCAAGCGCUGGCUGCACACCCUGUCCCGGGAGUUCCCCACCCUGGCCUUCCACGCCAGCGUCACCAACCCCUUCGGCAAGGGGUCGCUGCUGUCGCUGCUGCGCCAGCUGGCGCGGCUGAGAUCUGACAAGAAGGCCAUCAGCGUCGGGUUCAUAGGCUACCCCAAUGUCGGCAAGUCCUCGGUGAUCAACGCGCUGCGCACCAAGAAGGUGUGCAAGACAGCCCCCGUCCCCGGCGAGACCAAGGUGUGGCAGUACAUCACGCUGAUGAAGCGCAUCUUCCUCAUAGACUGCCCCGGCGUGGUCUACCACAAGACUGAGGACAAGGACAUUGACGCGGUGCUCAAGGGUGUGGUGCGCGUGGAGGGCCUGGAGGACGCGGCGCCCUACGUUGAGGAGGUGCUCGCACGCGUCAAGCCAGAGUACCUGCGCCGCGCGUACCGCAUCGCCAGCUGGGAGGACUCCCAUGACUUCCUCACGCAGCUGGCGCGUGCCAGCGGGAAGCUGCUCAGGGGCGGCGACGCGGACCUCAACACCGCGGCCCGCAUGGUGCUCUACGACUGGCAGAGGGGCAAGAUCCCCUUCUACACGCUGCCCCCGGGCUACGUAGACGCGCCGCCGGGCAAGCGGCCGGCCGGCGCGGCGGGCGGCGCGGCCGGGGCGGAGGAGGGACAGCAGCAGCAGCAGCAGCAGGUGGAGGAGAAGGGGCAGGAGGGGCCAGCGGAGGAAGAGGAGGGUGCUGGCGGCAUGUAUGCGGAGGGCGUCACUGAGGAGGACGCCCUCGGGGAGGCGGGCGCGCGCGCGGAGAACGCGUCCGCGGCGGCGCGCGCGAUGCGCGAGGCGGCGGCUGCGGCGCUGCGGGCGCAGCGGCGGGGGCGGAUACCCAUCAAGGAGGGGUACUACAUGCCGGCCGACGAGCGGGCGGAAGGCGAGGAGGCGGGGGCGUCCGAUGACGGCGAGGAGGGGCUGCAGGAGGAGGGCGAGAGCGGCAGCGGCAGCGGAUCGGAAGAGGAGGACGGGGACGGGGAGGGCCCCAGCGGCAGCAGCAGCGAUGGCGGGGAGGACGAGGAGGAGGGCGGGCAGGCGCCGCACGGCGGCAAGCGGCGGCGCGGCGGCGAGGGCGAGGGGGGCGGCGAGGGCAGCGGCGACGAGAGCGAUGGAUACGGGGAGGAGGGGCUGUCGUGGGAGGCCGUGCUGCAGGCUGUCAAGGUGGGCGGCGUGAGCGAUGUGGGCGGCGCGCCUGAGCCAGAGCCAGAGGCGGCUGCGGCGGCCGCGGAGCCAGAGGCGGCUGCUCCGAGCGACAGUGACGCAGACGAGGGCGCGGGCGGCAAGCCGCGGCGCGGCGCCAAGCGCAGCGGCGGCAAGAAGGGCGGCAAGGCGGCCAACGGCGCAGCUGUUGGCAAGCAGGCGGCUGGGGGCAAGCAGGCGGCUGGUGGCAAGCAGGCUGCGGCCGCGGGCAAGCCAGCAGCCAAUGGCAGCGGCAGGCAGCGUGGGGGGACGAAGGGCAAAAACACCGCUGGCGGCAGCAUGAAGACCCUCGACUCUGCGGCUACCCUGGCAGCAGCGCUCUUCGCCCUCCAGCCCGCCAACGCCGCUGUGGAUGUGCGGCCGCGCAACGACACCAAGUAUGCCGAGGAGCUGGCCGCCAUCGUGGAGUCGAGGGGCAAGUUCUUCAACCAGCUCACGUCCUCGCCGACGCUCCAGGAGUACCGCUCGCUGCAGUCCAAGCCCGCCGCCCAGCUGACCCCGGAUGACGUCAAGCGGAUCGACGCCCUGCAGGCCCAGAUAAGGGAGGCGGAGGAGCGGCUGGAGGCGCAGCGCAAGGAGGUCGAGGAGCAGCGCCUCAAGCAGCAAGUGGCGGGCACGGCUCGCGAUGAUGUUCGUGAUUCAGCUUCCGAAGGCGUGCUGUGA